AUGACCGAGAAACCUUCACCCUCCUUCCCUGACCUCCUAGACGUCAUCAUUGUCGGAGCUGGUCCCUGCGGUCUCGCGGUGGCAGCUCGACUCCGCGAAGAAACGCCGUCGGCCAUCUUCACCGACGACGAACACCAGCGCUACCACUGGAUCAACAAGCACAGCGGCCGCAUGGCGCUGGUGCAAGCGCACCGCGGCAAGAUCAAGGGUGUCAAGGCGGAGCGAUGGCAGAGCUACGACGCGCGCCGGCGGUCGUCCGCCAGCAGCAGUAGCAGCGGCGACGGCGGCGGCCGCCGCUCGUCGACCUCGUCGGCACCGUCGCUGGCCUCGUCGGUAUCAUCAGCCCCGGACGUGGAGGGGUCGGAGCGCGGAAGAGACAAAGACGGUGAUGACGACGACCAUCUCUCGACGCUCGUGCUGGACGGCACCGGGGACCGGUGGAUGGAGCGGUGGAACCGGGCGUUCCGCACGCUGGAGAUCAAGCAGCUGCGGAGUCCGAUGUUCUUCCACGUCGAUCCGGGGGACCGGGACGGCAUGCUGGCGUACACGCAGGAGAUGGGGCGCGAGAGGGAUCUCUGGGAGAUCUCCGGGUGUGUGGGCAAGGAGUUGAGCAAGCACAAGAAGAAGAAGAAACAGCAGCGGCGGCCUGUCGCUAUCGGCGACAACGAGAUCGACGAGCGAGACCGCAAAGACUACUUCUCGCCGUCGACGGAGCUCUUCACCGACUACUGCGAGAGCAUUGUGCGCCGGUACGGCCUGGACGCGCCGGGCCUGAUCCAGCAGCGCGAGGUCGUAGACAUCCAGUACGACUUCCACGCGGAGAUGUCGCCCGCGGACAAGAUCUUCACGGUGACGGCCGCGGAUGGCGCGCGGUUCUACAGCCGCGCGGUGGUGCUGGCCAUCGGGCCCGGCAUGACCAAGGUGUUUCCAUUCCCGCUGAGCGCGGACGAGCAGCAGGGGGCAUGCCACAGCACGGAGAUCCGGAGUUUCCCCAGCCCCAACGUGCGGAACAAGAUCCAGCAGCGUCGGCCGACGAACCUGGUGAUUGUUGGGGGCGGACUGACCUCAGCGCAGAUUGCGGAUAUGGCGGUUCGGAAGGGAGUGAGCAAGGUGUGGCUGCUGAUGAGGUCGGAUUUCAAGGUCAAACACUUCGACAUCGGGUUAAACUGGAUGGGCAAGUUCAAGAACUACGAGAAAGCCGCCUUCUGGUCGGCCGACACAGACGAGGAACGCCUGGCGAUGAUUCAGGUGGCCCGCAACGGCGGCAGCAUCACGCCGCGGUACCAGAAGAUCCUGAAGCAGCACGUCGCCCACCAGCGGGUGUCGGUUCACACACGCACCGUCAUCCGCGAGCGGACCUUCUGCGCAGCCACGCAGACCUGGCAUCUUACCACGGACCCGCCCAUCGCGGACCUGCCCGCGGUCGACUACAUCUACUUCGCCACGGGGAUGGCGGCGGACGUCAACACGAUGCCGCUGCUGCAGCGCAUGCAGCGCGACUACCCCGUCGAGACGAAGCAGGGCCUCCCGUGCAUCUCGGAUGAUCUCAUGUGGCGGGCGGACGUGCCGUUGUUUCUGACGGGGCGCCUCGCGGCUCUGCGUCUGGGCCCGGGGGCUCCCAAUCUCGAAGGAGCCAGGUUGGGGGCGGAGAGGGUCGCGUGGGGCAUGGAAGAGGUGCUUGGGCGCAAGGAGACGGAUGAGAGUGAUGUGAGACGGUCGAAGAAGUGCUUCUGUGGCUUGGGGAAUCGAUAUGGGGAGUUGGCUGACGUGGAUUUGUAA